AUGCGGGCGGGCGCAACGUCGCCCGCCGUGAGGAGUGGCGCAUUCUUGCGGCAGUCCUGCGCGACGCAGCAGCGGCGGCAACUGCAUGUACGAGCGGCUGGCGGCGAGCAGGACGGCCAGCCGGCGGCGGGCCCUGGCCCGCAGUCGUCGGGCCCUGUGCGCGAGUUCUCCGCUUACACCAGCGUCGACGAAUGGAAGAAGCUGGAUUCAAAGGUGAACACGUACCCGUGCACGCGCUCCUUCCAGGCCAUCGGCGUGUCCGACGGCACGGGCGCCUUCAAGGCGGACAUCCUGGGGGCGGUGCAGUCAGUGGUGGGGCAGGUGCAUGUCGAGUGCAUCAACGAGCGGCCCUCCAGUGGCGGCAAGUACACGGCUGUCCGGAUAGGGCCGGUGCACGUCCAGAGCGGCGACCAGGUGGUGGAGAUCUUCGCGCGCAUCAAGGAGGCGGGCGGCAGCCGGCUCAAGUGGUACAUGUGA